GGAUCCAGGCAACGUUAAGGGAUGUUAAAUGUCAGCUCGAUUUGACGUGGUCACAAGGCAAGAAAUGGAGCAAUUAAACUGGGAUUCCACCCCUUCUUGACGUGGCCAUGUGAGUGGGUAUAAAAGGUGCGUUGCGCGCUGUGCAGAGCCUCAGUCUGCCUGGACAGCUCCGCGGUGCUGAAACCGCUUCUGCAUCCCACGGCCCCCGCACACCUCUCUCCGAAACCAUGUCCCGCGGAGCCCUCGGCAGGCUUUUCGCCCUCUCCUUCCUACUGGCUCGAGCGGCGGCUCAAGAUUUCGCCCAGACGCGGUUCAUCUGCACCUCCAUCCCGUUGGACAUGGACCCCAUGUGCUCUGCUCCCAUGCAGAACAGUGGACCGGUGGAAGAUAUCAAGGGCACUAUCCUCCAGCUCCGGGAGACGAUACUGCAACAGAAAGAGACGAUUAUGAAUCAGAAGGAGACCAUCAGGGAACUGACCGCCAAGCUAAGCAGAUGCGAGAGUCAGAGUGUGUCUGAGCCCUCGGUGAGUGAACUGCCCGGACAGGCAUUCCGCAUUAAGCAGUCAGGAAAGAGUAGAAAUCCCAUGGGAGAUCUCUCUAUAGCUCAAGCGGAUACAUUAAAUCAACUUGGACAAACUUUACAAUCACUCAAAACACGCCUGGAGAAUUUGGAGCAGUACAACCGAGCCAAUGUUUCCGUUCAGACAAAUAGCUUGAAAGAUCUCCUGCAGAACAAAAUAGACCAUCUGGAGAAACAGGUUCUGUCCAGAGUCAACAGCUUGGAGGAGACCAAAACCGCGGUGCGAAACGACACGACGGAAAACAGGGGCAAGAUUGAAAAUGCCCUGAACUCUCUCCACCAGAGGAUCAGUGAUUUGGAGAAAGGACAGAGAAAUUCAAGACCGACAGAUAAAUUCCAGAUCACAUUCCCUUUGAGGACCAACUACAUGUACGCCAAGGUGAAGACAAGUUUGCCUGAGAUGUAUGCCAUGACUGUCUGUAUGUGGCUGAAAUCCAACGCUUCUCCCGGGGUCGGCACCCCCUUCUCCUACGCUGUCCCGGGACAAUCUAACGAGCUGGUUCUCAUCGAGUGGGGCAAUAACCCGAUGGAGAUUCUGAUCAAUGACAAGGUGGCUAAACUCCCUUUCCUUAUUAAUGAUGGGAAAUGGCAUCACAUCUGUGUGACUUGGUCUACAAGAGAUGGCGUUUGGGAAGCCUAUCAGGACGGACUGAAAAGGGGAAAUGGUGAAAACCUAGCACCGUGGCAUCCCAUUAAACCGGGUGGAAUCAUGGUUUUGGGCCAAGAACAGGACACUUUAGGAGGUGGUUUUGAUGCCACACAGGCCUUUGUGGGUGAGAUGUCCCACUUUCACAUGUGGGAUAGAGUCCUAACUCCAGGAGAGGUCUACAGCCUGGCUAACUGCAGCUCGAAGACCUUGGUGGGCAAUGUCAUUGCAUGGACUGAAGCCAAUGUUGACAUCUACGGUGGCGCCACCAAGUGGACAUUUGAAGCGUGCCGCCAGAUUAAUUAAUCCUCCAGCGGGACUAUCUUUUACGGCUCCAAAAUCAAAUUUCUUUUUUCAGGAAUACAAGAAUCUUCUGCAAAAAAAAAGUUACUUAAGUUCGUAAAAAGUAUUUACAAUAUCUUGUCAUGACAACUGGAUCAUGCUUCUCAGGCGUAAUAACGAGGGAGCAAGAAAGGGCUCUCUUCCCGACCUUCAACUGACAGCCAACAGUCCCUGGGAAAGCCAUAUGCUUUAAGUGUCUGAUGGUGUGUUUACUUGAUGCCAAUUAGCCUGAGUGCCUUUGGCAGGUGCAAAAUGCAACAAGUAGUCUUUUCUCCUUUCCAUUUGCAUAUUCUUAAAAAAACAGAAUAAACACAUUAUUAUUUGAGAUAAUUGCGUUGUUGGAACAUGUCUUGUUAAAACAAUAUUGCUAUGACUGUGCGCUCUAUUGCAAAUUACACUCAAGUACUAACUAAGGUACAGCAACAAAAAUGCUGAACACAUUCUGGUAAACUGAAGGUGUAGAAUAACGUGGGUGCUUUUUAAAAAGUCCAUUUUAUCACAUCACAGGCUUACGGCAUGGCGAUUUAUGUGUGUUUAUUUUGUAAUCUAUUCUGAUCGGCAGUUAAUCCAAUUGGAGACUGCCAGACUGAGAAAAGUAAUUGUAACUUCGCGCCCUCUAGUGAAAAAGGAUUAUUUUUUCUAUUAAAAAAGGAAAUUUUGCAAACGUACGAAAAUUUUUAUUAAAUUUGAUGCCUGAGUGAGGAUUUUUCCCCCAAAUUAUUUAAAAGAUAUAAAAUAUUGUUUUUGGCCAGACACUGGCGAGUAAAAUGAAUUAUUUAUAGAUGUAAAUAUUGUACAAUAUGAGGAAGUUAUAUGUACCAUACACUUUCACGUUCAAACCAAAGUUGUAAAUAUUCCGACUCAAGAUCCCCAUACAGUCAGUAAAUCUCAUUUCUGGAUAAUGUAAUGAUUAGACACUACAUUAGACAACCAUUUCUUAAAAAAAGCGCUAUGUUUUUAUGUCAUGAAUGCUUUUUCAUUUAAUGCAAAUGUGACAUGUACUGUCAAUUUUAUUUUUACACAAUAAAGAAACAGAAAGAUCA